AUGGAGUUUGCCCUGGACGCCUCCAGCGGCCGGGUUGCUGUCAUGAUUGGGUCGGCCUACGAUGCCAACCCCGAGAAAGUCGAAUCCGUUGAAGACUGCGGAGACGGCUCGAGGUCUAAUGUAGCUAAGUGGGUGCUAUACGGCCGAAUUAAUCUGCAAUCCCAGAAAAUCGCGCAUCGCCCCGCUCACCAAGCCUUUGGUCGGCCUCCGGAUUUGCCGAUGUCAGUGUAG